CCCAGGAGGGACAGUCGGGGACCGGCGCGGGCACUGAGUAGCCCGCGGCCCGGGUGGUGCGGGAGGCCCUGGUCCGGCUGCGGAGCGCUGCGCGAGAGGCUGACCCCGAAGGACCCCCAGCGCGGCGGGCGCGGCGAUGAUCCUGGAGGAGAGGCCGGACGGCGCGGGCGCCGGCGAAGAGAGUCCGCGGCUGCAGGGCUGUGACUCCCUGAUGCAGAUGCAGUGCGGCCAGCUGCAGAGCCGCAGGGCCCGGAUUCACCAGCAGAUUGACAAGGAGCUGCAGAUGCGUACGGGCGCUGAGAACCUCUACAGAGCCACCAGCAACAACCGGGUGAGAGAGACGGUCGCCCUGGAGCUGAGCUACGUCAACUCCAACCUGCAGCUGCUGAAGGAGGAGCUGGAGGAGCUCAGCGGUGGCGUGGACCCUGGCCAGCAUGGGAGUGAAGCUGUUACUGUCCCCAUGAUCCCCCUGGGCCUGAAGGAGACCAAGGAGCUGGACUGGUCUACACCACUGAAGGAGCUGAUCUCGGUGCACUUUGGAGAGGACGGCGCUUCCUACGAGGCAGAAAUCAGAGAGCUGGAGGCCCUGCGGCAGGCCAUGCGGACCCCCAGCCGGAAUGAGGCGGGCCUGGAGCUGCUCACAGCCUACUAUAACCAGCUGUGCUUCCUGGACGCGCGCUUCCUCACCCCUGCCAGGAGCCUCGGGCUCUUCUUCCACUGGUACGACUCGCUUACUGGGGUCCCGGCCCAGCAGCGCGCCCUGGCCUUCGAGAAGGGCAGCGUUCUCUUCAACAUCGGCGCCCUCCACACGCAGAUUGGGGCGCGCCAGAACCGCUCCUGCGCCGAGGGUGCCCACCGUGCUGUGGAGGCCUUCCAGAGGGCCGCUGGGACCUUCAGCCUCCUGAGGGAGAACUUCUCCCAUGCGCCGAGCCCAGACAUGAGCCCUGCGUCCCUCUGCGCGCUGGAGCAGCUCAUGAUGGCCCAGGCCCAGGAAUGUGUGUUUGAGGGUCUCUCACCCCCUGCCUCCAUGGCCCCCCAAGACUGCCUGGCCCAGCUGCGCCUGGCGCAGGAGGCUGCCCAGGUGGCAGCCGAGUACAGACUAGUGCACCAGACCAUGGCCCAGCCACCCGUCCACGACUACAUGCCCGUCUCCUGGACUGCCCUGGUGCAUGUCAAGGCCGAGUACUUCCGCUCCCUGGCCCACUACCACGUAGCCAUGGCCCUCUGCGACGGCUCCCGUGAGUGCCCACCGCACUUGCCCAUGAUGCUGCAAAGGCCCCCCGCUCAGGGCUCAUGGCCUCUCUGUCCCCCAGCAGCGACCGAGGGAGAGCUCCCCACACACGAGCAGGUCUUCCUCCAGCCCCCCACCUCCUGCAAGCCCCAAGGCCCUGUGCUGCCGCAGGAGCGGGAGGAGCGCAGGCAGCUUGGCAAGGCACACCUGAAGCGCGCCAUCCUGGGGCAGGAGGAGGCGCUGCGGCUGCACGCCCUGUGCCGCGUCCUGCGAGAGGUGGACCUGCUGCGGGCUGUGGUCGCCCAGACGCUGCAGCGCUCACUGGCCAAGUAUGCGGAGCUUGACCGUGAGGAUGACUUCUGUGAGACUGCCGAGGCCCCAGACAUCCAGCCUAAGACCCACCAGAAGCCAGAGGCCAGGACGCCACGCCUGUCCCAGGGGAAGGGGCCUGACAUCUUCCAUCGGCUGGGGCCCCUGUCUGUGUUCUCAGCCAAGAACCGGUGGCGGCUGGUGGGGCCCAUCCACCUGACCCGAGGAGAGGGUGGCUUCGGCCUCACGCUUCGGGGAGACUCGCCUGUCCUCAUCGCUGCUGUCAUUCCAGGGAGCCAGGCCGCGGCGGCCGGCCUGAAGGAGGGUGACUACAUUGUGUCAGUGAACGGGCAGCCGUGCAGGUGGUGGAGACACGCAGAGGUGGUGGCGGAGCUGAAGGCUGCGGGAGAGGCGGGUGCCAGCCUGCAGGUGGUGUCAGUGCUGCCCAGCUCUAGGCUGCCCACCUUGGGGGACCGCCGACCCGCCCUGCUGGGCCCCAGGGGGCUUCUAAGCAGCCAGAGGGAGCACGGCUGCAAGACCCCGGCAUCCACGUGGGCCAGCCCCCGGCCCCUCCUCAGCUGGAGCCGAAAAGCCCAGCAGGGCAAGCCUGGAGGCUGCUCCCAGCCCCGUGCCCCAGUGAAGCCAGCUCUGCCCUCAUCCUCGAAGUGCCCAGGGUGGCUGUGAGGGCCAGGCUCCCUGCACACCUCAGCCCUGGCUCCAGCUGGUGGGAAGCACCAAGCAUGCCCUCCCCACCCAGAGGACCUCUGGGCAAUGCCUGCCCCGCCUCAUGCCGAAGGCUGCCUCGGGCACCUGCCUGCCCAUUAAAGACUAUGGUCAGAGCUGUCUGAGCCCAGUGAUGGGAGCUGUGGCCUCUUCACCCACACACAGGAAGGGUGCCAGUCCCUCUGCCGGUCUGAGGUCAGCUUCCUGGGGCUGCCCCACCCUGAGGGCUCCUCACAGCCAUCACGUCUGUGCCCCCGGGCUCUGUCCACCCUGCUGCUGCCCUGGGCACAGACCCUGAGGUCUCAGUCCUGCCUCCGGCCAAGUUUCUGCCUGGUGCCCAGUGACUCCUGCUGGGCACCCCUUUGCUCGCUGCCCCUCCACCAUGCCACCAUGCAGCAGCCAGGCACACCCACAGCAUCCACAGACCCCUAGGCCGGGUCCCAGACACGGCCUUCCCCGAAAAUACCUCCUGUUGUCCUGUCUGUGCAUAGAGCAAGGGACUCCCCACCUCUGCACCCUGUGCUGGUCACCCCGGGCCCUGUGCUGGUCAUCCCAGCAAGUGUCCCCUUUGCCCAGGAGUCCCCAGUGUCGUAGCCCAGGUCUAAUGGUGGCCCUAAGCCUGCCAGCCCUGCUGCCCACUUUGCUGUCCUGCUCCGACCAUAGGUGCCACCCUCCAGCUCCUGAGCAUGUCACCUCUCCCUGAGCCUGGGGCCUGCACAGGCCCCCAGCCCUCCCCAGCCUGCUUGCGCCGCUCCUGCUGGCCUCCACAGGCCGUGAGCUCUCAGUGUUUCAAGCAGGGGAAGUGGGGGCUGCCUCCAGGCCUCCAUAGACUGGGUGGACAAUGGCCCCCAAAGGCAGUCAGUAGGAGCACCGCCCCCAGGACCCCCACAGCAGUGGGCUCAGGACCUGGGCACCAAGGGGAGGGGGUGGGAAGGGCUGCAGAGCAGGGCAGGCCCGAGCUGCACCCGAGAGGAGCCACGGAGCCAGAGUGGGGGUCCUCACCAAGGGCCCCAGGGCCCAGCAGGUUCUGAAAGGGGCAGGGCUGGUGGGAGUCAUUCCCUGCAGCCACCAGGGGGCAGCCGCCACCUGCUUAGCAGCCCUGGGAGGCGGCACAGGCAGAUGCACCUUGGGAGGGCUGAGGCAGAGACCCCGGGUAGCAAGGCAGCCCCCAGCUCUGCAAGACCCCUGCCCUCUCGUCCAGUCCCUUCCGAGGGUCCCCAGGUGCGAGCAACCCGCCCUGCAUCCCAAGCUCCAGUUCCAGGGUCCAGGACCCUGUGCUGCCACCUCCCUCGUGCUUCAGCCGGGAAAAUGGGGGUGCGAGUGGGGUGUUUGGGGUCCCAGAGAUGCAGGCGCCGUGGUGCCAUCUUCCUGGGCGGGAGGGUGGGGCUCCCCAGCCUUCCUGAGCCGGGGUGGGGGUCCAGGUCCCCCAUUUGCCCUCCUGGGAAAAUCCCUGUCUCAGCAGAAUGGGCCAAGGUCAUGCAGGUCUCCCCAGCACAUAUUAAUUUGGUUAAUAAAACUGUGCAUCAAGGA